GUGCCAGGAGCAGCCAUGGCGCCUGGGCGCAGGUCCCCACAGGGCUGUCUGUCUCUCUGGGGCUGCGCUGCUGCGUUGCUGGCGACCUUCCUGGUGGGCUUCCUGGCGGGCUGGUGUGUCCGGCCUCUCCAGGACGUGCUGUUGACCCAACCGCUGCACAGUUCCCGCUGGAAGCUGCUGUCCCAGAUGCAGGCUGACAACAUCAGGUCAUUUCUCCAGUCUUUUACAAAGCUCCCUCACCUGGCAGGAACAGAACAAAAUUUACUACUUGCCAAGAAAAUCCAAACCCAGUGGAAGAAAUUUGGACUAGAUUCAGCGAAACUGGUUCAUUAUGAUGUUCUUUUAUCUUACCCUAAUGAGACAAAUGCUAACUAUAUAUCCAUCAUGGAUGAACAUGGAAUUGAGACUUUCAAAACCUCAUCCCAUGAGCUACCACCAGAAGGAUAUGAGAAUGUUACAGAUAUUAUACCACCGUAUAAUGCUUUCUCAGCCUCAGGCAUGCCAGAGGGAGAUCUUGUGUAUGUGAACUAUGCUCGUACUGAAGAUUUUUUCAAACUAGAAAGAGAACUGAGCAUCAACUGCACUGGAAAGAUUGUUAUUGCGAGAUACGGGAAAAUCUUCAGAGGAAACAAAGUCAAAAAUGCCAUGUUAGCAGGUGCCACAGGAAUCAUCCUAUUCUCAGACCCAGCAGACUACUCUGCCCCUCAUGUCCAGCCCUACCCCAAGGGAUGGAAUCUUCCUGGAACUUCAGCCCAGAGAGGGAAUGUCUUGAAUUUGAAUGGUGCAGGGGACCCACUCACCCCAGGCUAUCCAGCCAAAGAGUAUACCUUCAGACUUGAUGUUGAAGAAGGUAUGGGAAUCCCUCAAAUCCCUGUACACCCUAUUGGCUAUGAUGAUGCAGAAGUGCUAUUACGCCACAUGGGGGGCCCUGCCCCCCCCAGUAGCUGGAAGGGAAGUCUCCCUGUAGCAUAUAACAUUGGGCCCGGCUUUGCAGUAACUGCUUCUUUCAGGAAAGUUAAAAUGCAUGUUCAUAACACCAAUCAAAUUACAAGAAUUUAUAAUGUAAUUGGAACUAUCAAAGGAUCUGUGGAACCUGACAGGUAUGUUAUUCUGGGAGGCCAUCGUGACUCUUGGGUGUUUGGAGCUGUGGAUCCCACCAGUGGCACUGCAGCUCUGCAAGAGAUUGUCCACAGUUUUGGAAACCUGAUGAGGGAAGGCUGGAGGCCAAGGAGGACCAUUAUUUUUGCCAGCUGGGACGCAGAGGAAUUUGGACUUCUGGGCUCCACAGAGUGGGCCGAGGAGAAUGCAAGGAUUCUCAUGGAGCGAAGUGUUGCCUAUAUCAACUCUGAUUCAUCUGUAGAAGGCAAUUAUACUCUCAGAGUUGACUGUACACCCCUUCUGUACCAACUGGUAUAUCAGCUUACAAAAGAGAUCUCCAGCCCUGAUGAUGACUUUGAGAGCAGAUCUCUCUAUGAGAGCUGGUUGGAGAAGGACCCUUCACCUGAAGAUGAACAUUUUCCCAGAAUCAACAAGCUGGGAUCUGGAAGUGAUUUUGAAGCUUAUUUUCUGAGACUUGGAAUUGCUUCUGGCAGAGCCCGGUACACUAAGAACAGGAGAACGGAUAAGUACAGCAGCUACCCACUAUAUCAUACAAUUCAUGAGACAUUUGAAUUGGUAGAGAAUUUUUAUGAUCCCACAUUUAAAAAGCAGCUUUCUGUGGCCCAAUUACGAGGAGCACUGGUUUAUGAACUUGCAGACUCAAAAAUCAUUCCUUUCAAUAUUCAAGACUAUGCAAAAGCUUUGAAAAACUAUGCAACAAGCAUCUACAAUUCAGCCAAGAAACACAGCCAACAAUUGAGAAACCACGGAGUAUCAUUUGAUCCCUUAUUUUCUGCGGUAAAAAAUUUCUCAGAGGCUGCUUCAGAUUUUCAUAGAAGACUUGCACAAGUUGAUCUGAAUAAUCCCGUUAUAGUAAGAAUUAUGAAUGACCAACUGAUGCUCCUGGAAAGGGCAUUCAUCGACCCCUUGGGCUUGCCAGGGAGACAGUUCUACAGGCACAUUGUCUUUGCUCCAAGUAGCCAUAACAAAUAUGCUGGAGAAUCUUUUCCUGGGAUCUAUGAUGCCAUGUUUGAUAUUGAAAACAAAGCAGACCCUCAUUCAGCCUGGAGAGAAGUGAAGAAACAAAUUUCUGUUGCAGCCUUUAUACUGCAAGCAGCAGCUGAGACUCUGCAAGACAUAUUAUAGACCUCAGCCAUAUGCUACUUAUUAAAAAGCACUAUGUGAGGGACAGUCAUCAUCUUCUGGUAACUCAUGGAGCCAGCGUAUUCUCAAACCUUGCUUUUCAUGUCAUGUUUUAACUUUGGCCACCUUCUUUACUUAUCUACAUAAAUGUUUUUGGUUUUUUAAAAAUUCCUAACUUUUGACUGGGGCGAUCAUGCAUUGGUGGUGCAGCAGACUUGCAUGUGGGAGGCCCUCAAGGUUCCCAGGUUUAAGCCCUGGCACCACUUUAUGCCAGAGGUGAGCAGUGUUCUUAUGUGUAUAUUUGUUUUUCAUGAAUAUAAUAAAUGCAUAUC